GGCGCUCGCCCUCCGCCUCCCUCCAUCCCUGCAUCCUCCCCUGCUCGCCGUGCUGAGCCCCCAGCGCCCCGGGGAGCCGCCAUCCCCAGGGUGCCCAGAAUCCUCCCAGCACCCCGCCGGGGCCUUCAGCCUCGGCUUCGUGCCUUCCUCCUCCUCCUCCUCCUCCGCCUCCUCCUCCUCCCCCCACCCCGCAGCCACCACCCUCUCUCCCUCCCUCGCUCCCUCCCUCCCUCCUUCCCCGGGGCCUGCCUGGCAUGGAGCUGCUGGCCGCGGGGAGCAUCCCCGGUGCCCCGCACCCCGGUGCCCGCACCCCCCGUGCCCCGCAUCCCCCGGCGCAGCCCUGAGCCGCCUCCUUUGUGCGGCGGAGCGGCUGUGCGGGCUCCGGCCCCCACCCCGCACCCCCGGCUCGGGGGCGGCCCGCGGGCGAACGGGAGGGAUGCUGCCCUGGCCGGAGGAGCCCAGCGCCGGAGCUCGGCGGCCAGAAGCAGCGCCCGGCACCGCUCGAUGCUGACUCCCCCUUCGGACUGCCACAUCCCCCUGUCUCCACGCCAUGUCCCAGCGGAGCCGCCGUCCCUGUCCCUCUGGCAGCCCCACGUGUCCCCGCAGCCCCAGGCCAUGAGCGGGCCCCGGCGGCGGGGAGCAGAGCUGCGGGAUGGCCUCGCUGGACCUGCCCUACCGCUGCCCGCGCUGCGGCGAGCACAAGCGCUUCCGCAGCCUGUCCUCGCUGCGCGCCCACCUGGAGUACAACCACACCUACGAGACCCUCUACGUGCUCUCCAAGACCAACAGCAUCUGCGACGCCGCCGUCUUCCCGCUGGCCGCCGACGCGGCCCUGCUGGCCCCGGCCGCCCGCAGGGACUACUUUGAGAGCACGUCCUUCCAGGGCAAGGACCAGCGCUUCUCCUGCGACCUGGUCCCCGCCGACGAGCUGGAGCCGGCGCCGCCGUCGUCGCCGCGCUAUGUGCACGAGAUCGAGAUCCCGCUGAGCGAGAUCUUCAGCCGCGGCAAGGCCGUGGCGCCCGCGCCCGGCCCGCCCGCCGCCGCCGACGCGGCCUACGAGGAGGGCCUGGCCCGCCUCAAGAUCCGCGCCUUCGAGAAGCUGGAGGUGGACAAGAGGCUGGAGAAGCUGACGGAGGAGGUGGAGCAGAAAAUCGCCUCGCAGGUGGGCCGGCUGCAGGUGGAGCUGGACCGCAAGAGCUCGGAGCUGGAGAAGGCCAAGCAGGAGAGCCUGCGGCUGAGCCGGGAGAAGCAGGAGCUGGAGGACCGCGCCUCAGAGCUGUCCCGCCAGGUGGACGUCAGCGUGGAGAUGCUGGCCUCCCUCAAGCAGGACCUGGUGCAGAAGGAGCAGGAGCUCACCCGGAAGCAGCAGGAGGUGCUGCAGAUCGAUCAGUUCCUGAAGGAGACGGCGGCGCGGGAGGCCAACGCCAAGGUGCGGCUGCAGCACUUCAUCGAGGAGCUGCUGGACCGCGCCGACCGCGCCGAGAAGCAGCUGCAGAUCAUCAGCAGCAGCUGCGGCACCACCCCCAAUGGCAGCCUGGGCCGCUGCGGCACCCCGGCCAGCAAGGCCAUCGCCCGAGCGGGACCUCUGCGGGCACAGAGAGAGCGGCACCCGGGCUCGGCGGUGGCCGUGCACGGUCCCUACGGCGGCGUGGCCAACCAGCGCUCCUCCUCCAGCACCGGGGCCUCGAGCCGGGCCAAGGCGGUGUCACAGAGCUCGGGCUGCUACGACAGUGACAGUGCAGAGCCGUGUCCCACGGAUGACACGGCCGAGGGCCCCCCGUACCCGGCCCGGGAGGCGCGGGGCUCGGGGCUGCGGCGCCAGGCCAUCCAGAACUGGCACCGCCGGCCCUACCGCAACAGCACCGAGGGCGAGGAGGGCGACGUGUCCGACGUGGGCUCCCGCACCACCGAGUCCGAGGCUGAGGCCUGGGAGCCCGAGGGACCGGGAUCCGCCGCGGCCCGACCGCCCGGAGGCUGCCGCCUGACCGUGGCCACGGAUGCCGUGUGUCCCACGGGCAGGCCCGAGGGCGCCGGGGGCAAGGUGUGCCGGCUGGAGCGGGGCAGCCCGGGCCACUGCAGCGAGGUGAUCAGCCCCGAGAUCCUCAAGAUGAGGGCAGCUCUCUUCUGCAUCUUCACCUACCUGGACACCAAGACGCUGCUGCGCGCGGCCGAGGUGUGCAAGGACUGGAAGUUCGUGGCCCGGCACCCGGCCGUGUGGACACGGGUGCUGCUGGAGAACGCCAGGGUCUCCUCCAAGUUCCUGGCCAUGCUGUCCCAGUGGUGCACCCAGAUGCAUUCCCUCACCCUCCAAAACCUGAAGCCGCGACAGCGGGGCAAGAAGGAGAGCAAGGAGGAUUACAUGAAGAGCACACGGGGCUGCCUGGAAGCGGGGCUGGAGUCACUGCUCAAGGCCACGGGCAGCAACCUGCUGAUCCUGCGCAUCUCGCACUGCCCCAACGUGCUGACCGACCGCUCGCUCUGGCUGGCCAGCUGCUACUGCCGCGCCCUGCAGGCCGUCACCUACCGGAGCUCCACGGACCCUGUGGGCCAUGAGGUGAUCUGGGCCCUGGGAGCAGGCUGCAGGGACAUCAUCUCCCUGCAGGUCGCGCCUCUGCAUCCCUGCCAGCAGCCCACCCGCUUCAGCAACCGCUGCCUGCAGAUGAUCGGGCGCUGCUGGCCCCACCUGCGCGCGCUCGGCGUCGGCGGCGCCGGCUGCGGCCUGCAGGGACUGGCAUCCCUAGCCCGGAACUGCAUGAGGCUGCAGGUGCUGGAGCUGGACCACGUGGCCGAGAUCAACCAGGAGGUGGCAGCUGAGGUGUGCCGGGAGGGGCUCAAGGGGCUGGAGAUGCUGGUGCUCACCUCCACGCCGGUGACCCCCAAGGCCCUGCUGCACUUCAACAGUGUGUGCAGGAACCUCAAGUCCAUCGUGGUGCAGGUGGGCAUUGUGGACUACUUCAAGGAGCCCCACAGCCCCGAGGCCAGGAAGAUGUUUGAGGAGAUGGUGAACAAACUGCAGGCCCUGAGGAAAAGGCCCGGCUUCUCCAAGAUCUUACACAUCAAGGUGGAAGGAGGCUGUUAGCCCUUCAGGGAGCCCAAAGCACAUUCCCUGCUCUGCCCAGAGCCCCGAGGGGCCAGACGGGGACCCCCGAUCGGGCACCAGGAACCCCAAACUCGCAGCCUUUGGGGCCACCCCGGGUGACAAGGUGCUACUCAAGGACAAGUUUUGGCUGUCCCCAGAGCCAGGGCCGUGCUCUUUGCCAGGAGGAGGAUGGUUUUGCAGCCCUGCAGCUGCUCCUCACCAAGGAUCCGUGUUUGGGGACGGCUUUUCUGCUGAACUCUGCUUUGGGGAUCCCUGACCCCAUUCUGGGGCUGGGCUGGCCACUGCAGCCCCGGGUGCUGGAGCUGGGCUGGGAAGGGGCUGCUCCUCCCCCAGCAUUCCCCAGGGUUUCUGCUCCUUUUCCUUUGGGAUUUGGCACAGGGGCACCUGAACCCAGGAAAUGCUCCCAGGAGCCAGCAGAGCACAAGGCCAGGAGCAGAGCUGCACCUCGAGCAGCCACAGGGCACAGGAGAGAUGGGUGCUCCUCCAGAGGGCUCCAGCCUCACCUCCUCUCCUCCAAAACCCUCCUGCCAAGGCAAUAAACCAUCUCCAGAUCCUCAUCCACCAGGAAACACGGGUCACACUCCUGUCCCACACCCAGACUCCCAUCUGGGGUCAGGGUCCCGUGUGGAGAGAGGGACUGUCACAGGACACCCAUGUUUGCCUUCCCCAGCAGCCUGAAGGAGAAACCCUGGCCAGAAUAUCCUGAUAUGAUCCUGGGAAAGGCACCAACCAACAGCCCUGGCUGAUCCUUACCUACAGCCACCAUUUUCUAAUUCUGAUUUUUCUUCUGAGUGCCCUCAGCCUGCAAGGACAUCAUCAUCACCCCCAAAAUAUCCUUUUUCCAUGGGAAAAGGCUUUGGAAAGGCAUCCAGCAGGGUCAGGCAUCUCCAUGCCCCACCCUGGGGAGAAGGUACCAGGAGGUGGCCCUGGGGCUGGGGACACCACCAGAGCACUGCCAGCAGUGGGGACAGCCCAGCCUUACCCACAGCCCCAGCCCUCUGUCCUUGGGCUGAGCAGAGAAGAGACUGGGACAGUGGAUCUGGGGCUUUGCCCUCUUCUCUGGAGCAGCCCUGCAGGUUUUGGUGCCUGCUGGCCAGCGUGGCUGGGAGGGGACACUCCCAGAGCCUGUCCCCUGGCCAGCCCUCACAUGGAGCAUCCCCCAGCAGGGACUGGCUGCAGAUCCAGCACCACGUCCCUCAGCCAUGGCACAAGAGCUGCUGACCUCAGCUGGGGCUGCCACACAGCCCGUGGGGAUCCCCAGAGCAAGGAGAAUCACCCCAAAUCACCGAGGCUGGUGGGGCUGGAGGCAGCUCAUCCACCUCCAUC